CGCCUGCUGAUCAGGGAUUCUGAAAUCCUCUGAGGCUCUGACAGAGAAGAUUCAGAAGGAGAAAUAAAUCUAAUGGACAAAAUGGAAAGCUCAUCUAAAGGAGAUUUUGUGGGUAACGUCUCUCACUAUAUUCCUCUCCCAGACUGCUAUAAAGGCCCCAUUAAUAAAGGGCACUUGCUCUUUGAUGCUUGUUUUGAAGGAGGUAACUUAGGACGUGUGGAUUAUGUGAGCCAUUUUGAGUAUGACUUUUUUGUAAGACCAGAUACCUGCAAUCCAAGGUUUCGAGUGGGAUUUAACUUGUGGUGAGCUUCAGUAAGACAAAGAGCCUUUACAGAGAAGGAAUAUCACCUUAAAAGGAAUGUCAAUUUUAAAAACAUCCAUUGGAAAACAUCCAGUAUUUGUACUGCUAGAAUGGAGCUCACUCAGGCUCGCCCGAAUUAUUCUUCAAAUUAAGUUUUAUUGGAGUCAUACAGUAUAAUAUAAAUGAAUCAAACAAGAUCAAUUAAAAUUAUUACUAAUCAUCAAUUAUUACUAAUCAUCAAUAUUAAUAAAAUCAAAUCCCAAUUCUUUUCUAAUAGCUUUAACUAAGGCUUUU